AUGAAGAAUGUCAUUGGAUCGGGAGGGACGAAAGCCAAUGCUAAUCAAAUUCUUUUGCCUUGCUCUACUCAUCCUGCCCAACAGGAGUACGCGUUCGGCUACAGCGUUGGAGACCAUCACAACAAGCAGCACCGCCAAGAAACGAGCGAUGGGCAGACAAUCCGUGGCAGUUAUGGAUACACCGAUGCCCGAGGAAUCCACCGACAGGUGUACUACAUCGCUGACCAUGCGGGGUUUAGGGCCCAAGUGAAGACCAAUGAGCCCGGAACAGCCAACCAGAAUCCAGCAUCCGCCCGAGUCACCUCGGACGCCCAUGCACAUCCAGUUGAGGAUGGUCCUUUACCUUACGCUAGAUACGGAAUUUCUAAAGGUGGAUAUGGCUACGGCUUGACCACCAGCCUUCUCGGUGGACUAAGCUAUAUUAAUUACCGUUUUUAA